ACCCCCCCAGAACCAUGGCUGGCCCCUUCUCGCGUCUGCUGUCCGCCCGCCCCGGGCUCCGGCUCCUGGCUUUGGCCGGAGCUGGGUCUGCUGUGGCCGCGGGGAUUCUGCUCCGCCCGGAACCUGUGCGAGCUGCCGGCGAACGGAGGAGGCUGUAUCCCCCGAGCGCUGAGUACCCAGACCUCCGAAAGCACAACAACUGCAUGGCUAGUCACCUGACCCCGGCAGUCUAUGCACGGCUCUGCGACAAGACCACACCCACUGGUUGGACGCUAGAUCAGUGUAUCCAGACUGGCGUGGACAACCCCGGCCACCCCUUCAUCAAGACUGUGGGCAUGGUGGCUGGAGAUGAGGAGACCUAUGAGAUAUUUGCUGAACUGUUCGAUCCUGUGAUCCAAGAGCGACACAAUGGAUAUGACCCCCGGACAAUGAAACACACCACUGACCUUGACGCCAGUAAGAUCCGGUCUGGCUACUUUGAUGAGAGGUAUGUAUUGUCCUCAAGAGUCAGAACUGGCCGAAGUAUCCGAGGACUCAGUCUGCCUCCAGCUUGCACUCGGGCGGAGCGACGAGAGGUGGAGCGUGUGGUGGUGGAAGCACUGAGUGGUCUCAAGGGUGACCUGGCUGGACGUUACUACAGGCUCAGCGAGAUGACGGAGGCCGAACAGCAGCAGCUUAUUGAUGACCACUUUCUGUUUGAUAAGCCUGUGUCCCCAUUGCUGACUGCAGCAGGAAUGGCUCGAGACUGGCCAGAUGCUCGUGGAAUCUGGCACAACAAUGAGAAGAGCUUCUUGAUCUGGGUGAAUGAGGAGGAUCAUACACGGGUCAUCUCUAUGGAGAAAGGUGGCAACAUGAAGAAAGUAUUUGAAAGAUUCUGCCGGGGCCUGAAAGAGGUGGAGCGGCUGAUCCAAGAGCGUGGCUGGGAGUUCAUGUGGAAUGAGCGAUUGGGAUACAUCUUGACCUGUCCAUCUAACCUGGGCACUGGACUUCGGGCAGGAGUGCACAUCAAACUGCCUCUGCUAAGCAAAGAUAGCCGCUUUCCUAAGAUCCUGGAGAAUCUAAGACUCCAAAAGCGCGGCACUGGAGGAGUGGACACUGCUGCCACAGGCAGUGUCUUUGACAUCUCUAAUUUGGAUCGACUGGGCAAGUCCGAGGUGGAGCUGGUACAACUGGUCAUCGAUGGAGUAAACUAUUUGAUUGACUGUGAACGGCGUCUGGAAAGAGGCCAAGAUAUUCGCAUCCCUGCACCUCUUGUCCACAACAAACAUUAGCUGCUCAACAAACAUGAAUUCCUCAUCCCCAGAAGAUGACUCAAGAUCCUCAGGACUUCUGCCCAUUUCAUAGUGGCCCCAUUCUACUUGCCCUGAACCUGUCCCUUCUCCCUUCACGCCCCCCCCCACCU